GCCGACUACCGCGCAGGAGUCGGUCAUAAAGCGAGUCCGACGUCGCGUCCGCAGCUUCGGGGGCCGCCCGAAGGACAUGGACUCAGCUGGAGCCCUUCAGGAGCUCCUCAAGUGCAGGGACCUGUACUCGGCCAUGGGCGAGGGCUCUACGCGCCGUGAUUAUGACGCCGGUAAGCUCAACGUGCUGCGGCGUCCCGUCAGCGACCAGCCGCGGCAGCUUCGCGGAGUGGCGCCUCGCCACGUUUCCGAGGUCCUCGACAACUUCAACGUGGACGUGGUGCGGCCAGCAGCUAGCAUCCCCGACGACGAGGAGAUCGUGGAGCCGUACUGGGACCCGCUGCUCAACCCUCGUGACCCUCGGAACCGCCCGAGGCUCGUGGACUUCUUGCGGCGCCUGACAGAGCGGGGACUGGUCGACGGCCGCCGAAGACGAAAGGCUUGCGUCAGUACGUUCUUCGUGGCCAAGAAGAAUGGCGACAUCCGCAUGGUGGUGGACGCUCGCCAGCCGAACCAGCUCCACAAGUUGCCGCCUCGGACGGCGCUCGCUUCGGGCGAGGCACUGGGUUCGAUCAACUUGCUGGACGCCAUCGACGCCUCGCCGGAGGACUUGGCCGACUUUGACGGCUGCUUCGAGUCGCUCUGUGCGGGUUCGGUGGACUUCAUGGAUGGCUUCUACCAGUUUGCCGACCCCGCCUGGGGCAGUUGGAUGUGUUUCGAUAUCGAGGUCACUGCCGGCGAGCUGGGGGUGGACUCUGUCUUCGACGACCGGCUGGGCCGCAGGGUGGGCGUCUCCCCCGACGAGGUCAUCUGGCCGUGCUAUGCCGCGCUGCCGAUGGGCUGGAGCUGGGCGCUCUGGAUCUGCCACGAGGUGCUGGUCGACGCGAUGGACGCGGCCGGGCUCCCCGGCGAUGGCUGGUGUCUUGACAAGGCCAAGGCCCCGACGCUUGUCGGUCGCUUGGUCGUCAGGGCCCCAUACGUCGACAACGGGAACCUGGUCUCGCUCAGCGCGCCGGCUCUCGACGACCGCCUGGACAGGCUCACGGCCGAGCUGGAUAGGCGGGGCCUGCGCUGGCACGAGCUGGAGAGAGCCCAGCCUGGGCUCGUCGUCCUCGGGAUGGUGCUGGAUGGGCGCGAGGGGCGCCUCCGGCACACGCCGAAGCGGGCCUGGCGGCUUUACUUGGCGCUGCACCACGUACUUCGACGCCCCUGGCUGGCGCGCUGGCAGCUUCGGCGGAUCGUGGGCCACAUCGUGCACUACUUCUCAGUGCUGCGACCUGGCCUCAGUGUCCUGGGCGCCAGCUACGCGUGCAUCUCCAGCGGCGACUUGGCCGAAGUGGCGCGCUUGCCCCCCGACGUGCUGGGCGAGCUGGCGACUACUGCUGGCCUGGUCUUCCUGGGCGAAGUCGACAUGUGCAGGGUGCCGUCGGACGUCGCCUUCACCACCGACAGCUCAAUGCAGGGCUACGCCGCGUGUGAAGCUCGCCUGGGGCCGUGGGGGAUCCUGGCUACCACUCGAUGGCGGGAACGCCAGCGCUUCGUACCUUCGGAGGUGGAGAUCGCGCCCGACACGGAUGCGCAUGAAGGGCGCGUGGCGGGGCUGCUCGACGCCUCCGAGCCGCUGCCUCUGGAGGCCCCGCCAAGGCUCAGACACGCCGUCGCUCGGCGGCGCCGAGUCGAGCUUGAGAUCGGGGUGCCGCCCGAGCCCUUGGCGGAGGCGCUGCUGGAUCCCGCGCGUUGGACGGAGCGGCGCCGUGGUGCGUGGCGCUGUCCAGGGCGAACUCACGCCUUGGAGGCGCGGGCCGCAGUCGCUCCCCUAUGGCGGGCGGCAGGCGAUGUUCGGUUCCACGGCACCGAGAUCCUCAGCUUGUGUGACAACAUGUCGUCGGUCCUCGCCUUUGAGAAGGGCAGGGCCACCAAUUUUGAGCUGCUGGCGCAGUGUCGCCGCGCUGCUGCAGUGUGCCUGGGCUGCGAGAUCCGCUGGCGCCCAAGGCAUGCCCCGGGCAUCCAGAACGUCGCGGACCACGGCAGCAGAGCGGCAGAUCGCGGAGAGCUACGAGCUGGGCGCUACCGGGGCCGGGGGGCCCUCUCGGCCCCCGCGCGGCGCAGCCGCCGCGAGCCCGUGGUUCGGCCCGCUCGGGCGCAGGUCCAUCAGAUCGACGGGAGAGAGGCCGUGUCUCUGCGGCCUGAAAAUAGAGAGAGUCAGAUUGAUCAGACUGUUUUGCCAUCUCAGACGCUGUACGCUCAUACUUUUUCUCUUUCCAUACCUACGGAAGUGGCGUUGCCAACCAGCUGGGCCGAGAUUCGAGACGCUCUGACACCUCCGCUCCACAUCAGCAUGAGGGCCCCCGUGGUCAACAUUGCGAGUGUUGCGAGAUGCCUCAGGAGGACCCUCACGGGACUCAUGACGCUCAAGAUGCUGCAUGCGAUGGGCCUGGUGAUCGACCCGUUCUACCCGUGGGGCCCCGAGAAGACCCUGAGGGAGCUCGCCAACGACGAGGUGAUCGUCUUGGGGAUGCUCGACGUCUUGUGGUUGGGCCUCGUGAACUUCCUCGGGCUGGCCGUGGUCGUAAGGCGUUAUUGGAGAUCUUUGCCGGCACCGCUAACCUCACUGGAGCCCUGCAUGAAAGAGGCCUUCGAGUUCUGCCCCCGGUGGACAUCAAGAUGGGCCCCCACUGUGACCUCACACUUCGGAGAGUCCAGCGUCUGGUGCUACAUUGGCUCGAGAGUGGCGAAGUUUGGCAAACGCGACCCCUUGCCUGUGGACCGCGUCCUGGUCUUGUUCGCUGUCCGCGUCCUACGGCUGUGCAGGCGGCGUGGGAUCUUCGCGACCUUCGAGAACCCUCCCGCUAGCCGAGUCUGGCGCUGGCCCGCGCUCGAGCGGGAGCUCCAGCGCCUCGAGUAUCCCAAGGUGCUGUUCGACUCGCGCAGGUUCGGGGCCCCGUUCAAGAAGCCGGGCGCGAUCGCAGGCAGCUUGCCAGGCUUGGAGGCCUUGGGGCUCCGCUGCUGCUGUGCCGGUCGGCAUCGCGUGGAGCUUCAGGGAAAAGUCUGGCAUCCUACUCGUGGCUGGGUGUGGCGGGCGACCCUGGCGAGCGCUUACCUGCCGAGCUGGUGCUGGCUGCUGGUGUCCCUGGCGGGCCCCCAUGCGCCGCGCGGCGCCUUCGGCCGGGCCGCGGCGGCGGAGCUCCAGGGCAGGGCUCACUCGCUGGCGAGCGCGGCAGGCUGCCGAGAGCCCCGUGCCAUCUCCGCGCCG